AUGUCCAAUAUUGACAACAAAAAUAAAAAUUUGUCAUUAUUAAAAAAUAAAAAAAAAACUUUUACACCAAAAGAUAUUAAGAAAUGUAUAAACGAUGGACAAAUAGUUAUAAUUUAUAAUGAUAAAGUUUAUAAACUUAACAAAUGGAUAAAAUAUCAUCCAGGUGGUGAACUUGCUAUCUUGCAUGUAAAUGGCAAAGAUGCAACCGAUGAAAUAAAUGCUUUCCAUCCUGAAUAUGUAUUCCAACAGAAAAUCAACAAUUUUUAUGUCGGAGAAUACAUUAAUAAUAAUGAUGAUGAUGACGACAAAAAUGUAGAUAUAAAAGAUAACAAAAAACAAAGUAAUAAAGUAGAAGAUGAGUGGAAAGAAGAAGUUUAUAAUUUAUCGUCAGAGGAACAAAAAAACAUAUCAAUUGCUUAUAGAAAAUUAGACAUUUUAAUAAAAGAAAAAGGCCUGCACAAGUGUAAUUACUUUAAUUAUUUACUUGAGACUAUAAAAUACAUACUAUUAAUUUAUUCAGCAUGGUAUCUAGUAUUAAACAAUCCAAACAAUGAUUAUUCCUACUAUAUAUUAAGUGCAACCUUCCUUGGAGCAUUUUGGCACCAACUUGCAUUCACAGCACAUGAUGCAGGACAUAAUGGUAUAACACACAACCUAGUUAUCGAUAAUCUGAUCGGUGUGUUCAUUUCAUCAUUUUGUGGUGGCUUGAGUAUUGGAUGGUGGAAAAGAAAUCAUUAUGUUCAUCAUAUUGUAACAAAUCAUCCUGAACAUGAUCCCGACAUUCAACAUAUACCAUUUUUUGCCAUCACAACAAAACUAUUUGGAGGUUUAUAUUCAACUUUUUAUAAAAGAAAAAUGGAAAUUGAUCCAAUAGCAAAACUUCUGAUCUCUUACCAACAUUUCAUCUAUUACUUAAUAUUGUGUUUUGGUAGAUUUAAUCUUUAUUUCCUGUCGGUCAAUUUCCUGAUAAAUGAAGAAAAUGUUCUAUUUAGAAAUUUGGAAAUAUGUGGCAUGAUAACAUUCUGGUCGUGGUACCUAUUCAUGUUAUCUUUUCUACCAAAUAUUUAUAUAGGAAUAAUCUACAUCUUAAUAUCGCAUAGUGUAACAAUGUUGUUGCAUGUACAAAUCACACUAUCACAUUUUGGUAUGUGUACAAAAGAUUUUGGUGCCAAUGAAUCAUUCUCAAGAAAAAUGUUACGCACAACUAUGGAUGUUGAUUGUCCUUGGUGGAUGGAUUGGUUUCAUGGUGGCUUGCAAUUCCAAGCUAUACACCAUCUUUUUCCAAGAAUACCAAGACACAAUCUUAGAAAAUGUCAACCAUUGGUGAUGCAAUUUUGUCGAGAAGCCAAUCUCCAAUAUCAUCUAUAUGGUUUUGUUAAAGGCAAUAGAUUAGUCCUUAGCGCACUUAGAGAUGUUGCUAAUCAAGUUGAAUUAUUAGGAAAAGUUGCAAAAUCACAUGUUGAUAGACACAACAUGGUGAAAAAUGAGUAA